GGGUAUGCAGGUACAGAACAGCCUGACCCACAACGCCACUGUCCAAUCUGCGCCUUGAUUCUGCGUCGCUGUGCUCUCCGCUUCAAAUUCGUUGAUAACUUCCGCGGUUGAAGGGCAACUGCAGGCCAAGAGUCGCGUCGUCAAUGGCGGCGCUCGCUUGUCGAAAUUUGCCGGCCGCCUUCAACCAGGACAUUGGCAACUGUGGCCCUGGGACCAAUUCUAAUAAAAGCUUGUCGAUCCGGCACAACGGCGGCAGUCGGCUAGCCCAUAGCCCUGGACAGCCCAAGGAUGAACAUCACCACUCCAAGCUCAGGCGAUAUGAAAUGCGUGAAAGUGAUCUACAGGGGUCGCUGCUGACAUCAAAGUCUCAUAGCGAAACAUACCUAGAAACUCCUGUACUCUCCAGGUUGUCGUCUUAUCAUUCGAGAGACACGCGAAUCUCAGCCCCGGCAAGCCGCCUUCCUUAAAUCUACGGUGUAGGCCGGUACGGAAUACGAAUGACGGUAAACCGUCCUAUCAAGAGACGCCCUCGCCGAAACAUU